AACUUGAAUAUCUUACGAUCUAGCUAUAAGCACAAUAAUGACAUCACAUCCAAUCGCCAGAAUUCUUGAACUAAUUCUGAUCGCCGGAGUUUUCUUCGCCGUUGAAGUCGCCGGUUCCGGAGUGGUGUCGACGGUUGCUGAGGAAAGGGAAUUUGAUUACUUCACAUUGGCUCUUGUAUGGCCACCAACUUACUGUACACGAUCAACUAAAUGUUGUAAACAAAGUGGUUGUUGCAGAGGGGAAAAUAAUCCAUCAGUAUUCACAAUCAGUGGACUAUGGCCAGACUACAAUGACGGUACAUACCCUUCAUGUUGUGAAGGUCCUUCUUUUAAUGCAAAUGAGAUAUCGCCAUUGCAAGGUGUUAUGGACACGUAUUGGCCAUCAUUUAGUUGCAAAAUGUCAAAAACGUGCAACAACACAAAAGUUAGCUUUUGGGCUAGCGAGUGGGAAAAACAUGGUACAUGUGCUGCUCCAGUAACCGGUGGCCAAUAUAACUUUUUCCAGACAGCCAUCAAUUUGUAUUCUGCGUAUAAUGUCUCGGAAGUCAUAUUUGGAGCUGGAUAUGUACCUUCAAAUUCAGAGACGUAUCCGUCAAGUGGAAUAAUUUCUGCCCUUGAAAAUGCUUUCCACGCAACCCCACAAAUAAAAUGCAAAAAUGGUGCUUUGCAGGAUCUCCGUAUAUGUUUCACCAAGGACUUCAAGUUUAGAGACUGUGUAGGAGAAAGCAAAUGUCCCAAUGAUGUCAGCUUACCGGAGCCAGAUGUCACCAGGAUUGCAGGUCUAUCAGUUUUUGGCCAUGAAUCCUCCUAAAUUGUUCGCCCGCAUUUCAUUUGAAAGUUUAUCUCUGUAUUUAUAUUAAUCAUGUCUUUGUUUUAAAUAAAGGGGGUUCUUGUAUAUGCCUCAAAUGUGUCUGUAAAACAGUAUUCCCAUUCGUGUGUUAUUAUCUAUUAUGAAUAAAAAAAUCAACUUGUUAGUUGAUUCCAGAUA